CUUUUCCCUUGAGAAGGCAGGCAGCUCUGGAAUGCCUGAGGAAGAAACAGCCUACAAAAGCCUCUGAGCCGGGAACUACUGCUUCUGUUUCCAGAGGGAGCACCAAGGUGGAAAGCUGAAAGAUGGCCCUAGAUCUCCUGGAACGCUUUCCUCCUCUCCUAUUGCUGCUGGGACUAUGGGGACCAGUGUAUCCACUUUAUGCUUUGCCUAAGAAUCUCACCAAGGCUCAGUGGUUUGAAAUUCAGCAUAUACAACCAAGCCCUCUCCAAUGCAACAAGGCAAUGCAUGGUAUCAAUAAUUAUACUCAUCACUGUAAGCCUCAAAACACCUUUCUGCAUGACUCCUUCCAGAAUGUGGCUGCUGCCUGUAAGCUGCCCAAGAUUGUCUGCAAGAAUGGCCGGAACAAUUGCCACCAGAGCGCAAAGCCUGUUAACCUCACUAACUGCGAUCUCACUGCAGGGAAGUAUCCUAACUGCCGCUACAAAGAUUCAGCCCAGUACAAGUUCUUCAUUAUUGCCUGUGACCCCCCUCAGAAGAGAGACCCUCCCUAUCAUUUGGUUCCUGUUCACUUAGAUAAGGUUGUUUAAAGUUCUUAUCAUUUUGCCUCUCACUUGUUUCAGAUUCCCUUCUGCCUUUUCUUUUGUUGAUUCCCUGGUUCCCAUAGAAGAGAAAAGGAAGAUAUUGGAAGAAUUAAAGUGUCAAGGACACCAGACCAGAGUUGGGACAUAAAGAAAUUAGGAUUCUUUCCUGCUUUUCUGCCUGUUUCAAAGGAAGGCAACAAGAAAGAGGGCAAAGAAGUGUCCAGACCUCCAUAUUUUAACCUGGGAACUUCUGCCAAGCUUUGUUUCACUGUAUUAACAGCAAUAAAACACUUUCUGCUGCA